AGUACUAUUAUUAAAUAGAGAAGGCGUACACAUAAAUAUAUAAAUAGCAAGAAUGAGCAACUUCGAAGAAUUUAUUGGUCUAAGCGAUUUCGAUGUUGAAAUUUGGCGCAUGUUACUUGCUGAGUUCCUCGGAACAUUCUUCUACGUGUUCGUUGGCGUCAUUAGCACAGUCUCGUUAUCGCAUAAUCUGAUGACCUCGGUGGUGCCGGUUGCCUUCGCAUUUGGACUGGCAAUGUCAAGUAUAUCGCAUGUGGUGAAUAGGGCUAGUGGUGCGCACCUGAAUCCUGCUGUUAGCAUCGGUCGGCUGGUCGUUGGACAGAUGAAAUUUCUCAAAUGUUUAUGCUACAUACUAGUGCAAUGCUUCGGUUCGUGUUUAGCGGCAUUUUUGGUGGAAAGUAUUUGUCCGGGACCUUCGCUCGAACGGACGGACGGUGUAACCAGACCACUAUACAUGGGUGUUUGGGAAGCGUUGCUUCUUGAAAUGUUCAUUACAUUUAUUAUGGUUAUGGUGUACAAAUCAAUGGCUGAUCCUACGCGUGAUGAUUUACAUUUAUCUGGACCAUUAGUUGUGGGACUUUCAAUCACAGCAGGUCAUCUUGUUGGCUAUUUGUGUUCGUCGGCAAGCAUGAAUCCAGCGCGUUCUUUCGGGCCGGCACUUGUAAAUCUCAAUUUCAACGCUCACUGGAUCUAUUGGGUCGGACCGAUUUUGGGUGGUGUCAUGGCUUCAGUUUGCUAUCACUUUGGUGUGCAGGAUCGUGAAGCGCUUAAGCGGAGACGCUCUAGAAGAAAUAGUGCCAGACGAAAGAGUUCUCUGAAUACUUAAAAAUAUACUUUAAAAUUACUAAAUUCAUUAAAUCUAUGUUG